UUGAAAUUAAAUGGUAAUGGUCCUUUGUGACAGCACUAUUCUUCUUCUUUUCCUCUGAGUUUUCCCCUUCACAAUUCCAAAGACACAUGCAAAUGAAUCAAUCACCUCAUUAUGAUUCCUUCAUAGAACCCAUAAACAAAAACUACCCAUUAUCCAUUUCACCAAAAAGUUCAGAUCUUUAAACAAAACUUACCAAAAGAACAAGAAAAUGAGGGACAUAAUUUCAUGUUUUAGUGAGAACGCAGUGAAUGUGAGACAACAAGCUUCAUGUUCUAGCUACUCAUCAUCAAGCAACGCUUGCAUCAAUCCAAGCCUCACACCUUCAACAAGAAACUCAGUUUCCUCUGUUUACAGAUCAACACUCUCCAACAAGCACCAGAUUCUGAUGAUCACAGUCACAUGGUGCAAGAGCUUCUCCAAUCAAGGACUCACUAUAAGCUUUGGAACACAAGAUCCACCAUCACCACCUUUCAGGCUUAACACCAAUUCAAGGUUCUUCAGGAAGAAGAAAGGAAGCAAAUUGAUGGUUGAAUCUUCCAAUCAUGAGUCAAGAAUUGAAGUCUUCUGGGAUCUUUCCAAUGCUAAAUACGACACUGGACCUGAACCGGUUGAUGGUUACUAUGUUGCGGUUGUUGUUGGUUUGGAAAUAGCACUGAUCAUUGGUCACAUAGCAGAAGAAUCAGUUACCAAGAAGCUAAAAGCCAUGGCAGCAACAAGUUCGGGUAAAUUCUCAUUGUUAUCUAGAAGAGAACAUUGUUCAGGUAACACACUUUACACCACAAAGGCUCAGUUCUGUGAAAAUGGAACGUGGCAUGAUAUCAUGAUAAGGUGCAGUGGUGGAAAUGGAAAUGAAGGGUUGUUAAAGUCUUCUUCGUCUUCGUCGCUGUCGUCGUCGCCGCCGGCUCUGAUGGUUUGCAUUGAUAAGAAGACAGUGAUCCGUGUCAAGAGGCUUCAGUGGAAUUUCAGGGGAAAUCAAACAAUUUUUGUUGAUGGUUUGCUGGUUGAUUUACUUUGGGAUGUUCAUAACUGGUUCUUCAAUCCUUCUUCUUCUUCUGGGUAUGCAGUGUUCAUGUUCAGAACAAGGACUGGUUUGGAUAGCAGAUUGUGGCUGCAAGAGAAGCCUUCACUCAAAGAUAAAGAUGCUCUUGAAUUCUCAUUCCUCAUCUAUGCUUGUAAGACUGCAUAAAAAUGGAACUUGUUCAUCUCACUCCUUAUUUUCUUUUUCCUAAAUGUUUUAAGACAGAAAAUAUAAAGACACUGAGAUAAUAGAGACAAAGAUACACUCACUGAUUAAGUGCCUUUGUCCCACUGUUUCUAGCUUUGGUUGGAAAAUUUUGUUUUCCUAAAAAAGAAAAAUUUAUUUUGUUUAUUCUGUAUGUUUCUUCUCUACAUAGUAUCUCAUAACAUCUUUGUAUUUCUUUCUGUUCUUACAGAAUUACUAAAGAGGCCUUUGUACUUGCUUUAGGUCCUCUUCUUUCUUUUCUUCUUGUAAGGAUACAUAUUGAUUCAUUUCCUAUAUUAUAGGAAACAGAAAGAAAAUAUUUUUAGAAUUGUAGAAAUGUUGAGUCAUGAGGCUUAU